GGCAGAGUGGUGAGGGUGGUGAUUGUCAGAACAAUAGUGACCAGAACUGUCAUCAGAAAUGGUGAAAAGACUGUAACCAGAGAACCAAAAGAAGAAGUGGUGUAUAUCAUUGAUGGUAGACCAGUGGAACCAGAAACCAUUACUGUUGAUGGUAAACCGGUUGAAGCAAAGAAGCCAGAGGACAUUGUACCAUUCAUAUCAGAAUUUGUCACACCAGAGGAACAAGCACCAAUUGAGAGUUUACCAUUUGAUGAAAUUGUACCAUUCGAUCAAGGAACACCAGUAGAAGAAUUCACAGAUGACCAAGGCAGAGUGGUGAGGGUGGUGAUUGUCAGAACAAUAGUGACCAGAACUGUCAUCAGAAAUGGUGAAAAGACUGUAACCAGAGAACCAAAAGAAGAAGUGGUGUAUAUCAUUGAUGGUAGACCAGUGGAACCAGAAACCAUUACUGUUGAUGGUAAACCAGUUGAAGCAAAGAAGCCAGAGGACAUUGUACCAUUCAUAUCAGAAUUUGUCUCACCAGAAGCACAAGCACCAGUUGAAAGUCUACCAUUUGAUGAAAAUGUCCCAUUCGAUCAAGGAACACCAGUAGAAGAAUUCACAGAUGACCAAGGCAGAGUGGUUAAAAUUAUCAUUGUCAGAACAAUAGUGACCAGAACUGUCAUCAGAAAUGGUGAAAAGACUGUGACCAGGGAACCAAAAGAAGAAGUGGUGUAUAUCAUUGAUGGUAAGCCAGUGGAACCAGAAACCAUUACUGUUGAUGGUAAACCAGUUGAAGCGAAGAAGCCAGAGGACAUUGUACCAUUCAUAUCCGAAUUUGUCACACCAGAAGAACAAGCACCAGUUGAGAGUCUACCAUUUGAUGAAAAUGUCCCAUUCGAUCAAGGAACACCAGUAGAAGAAUUCACAGAUGACCAAGGCAGAGUGGUGAGGGUGGUGAUUGUCAGAACAAUAGUGACCAGAACUGUCAUCAGAAAUGGUGAAAAGACUGUAACCAAAGAACCAAAAGAAGAAGUGGUGUAUAUCAUUGAUGGUAGACCAGUGGAACCAGAAACCAUUACUGUUGACGGUAAACCUGUUGAAGCAAAGAAGCCAGAGGACAUUGCACCAUUCAUAUCAGAAUUUGUCACACCAGAGGAACAAGUACCAGUUGAGAGUCUACCAUUUGAUGAAAAUGUCCCAUUCGAUCAAGGAACACCUGUUGAAGAGUUCACAGAUGACCAAGGAAGGGUGGUUAAAAUUAUCAUUGUCAGAACAAUAGUGACCAGAACUGUCAUCAGAAAUGGUGAAAAGACUGUAACCAAAGAACCAAAUGAAGAAGUGGUGUAUAUCAUUGAUGGUAAGCCAGUGGAACCAGAAACCAUUACUGUUGAUGGUAAACCAGUUGAAGCAAAGAAGCCAGAGGACAUUGUACCAUUCAUAUCAGAAUUUGUCGCACCAGAGGAACAAGCACCAGUGGAGAGUUUACCAUUUGAUGAAAAUGUACCAUUCGAUCAAGGAACACCAGUUGAAGAGUUCACAGAUGACCAAGGAAGGGUGGUUAAAAUUAUCAUUGUCAGAACAAUAGUCACCAGAACUGUCAUCAGAAAUGGUGAAAAGACUGUGACCAAAGAACCAAUAGAAGAAGUGCUGUAUAUCAUUGAUGGUAAGCCAGUGGAACCAGAGACCAUCACUGUUGAUGGUAAACCAGUUGAAGCGAAGAAGCCAGAGGACAUUGUACCAUUCAUAUCAGAAUUUGUCACACCAGAGGAACAAGCACCAGUUGAGAGUGUACCAUUUGAUGAAAAUGUACCAUUCGAUCAAGGAACACCAGUAGAAGAGUUCACAGAUGACCAAGGAAGGGUGGUUAAAAUUAUCAUUGUCAGAACAAUAGUCACCAGAACUGUCAUCAGAAAUGGUGAAAAGACUGUGACCAGGGAACCGAAAGAAGAGGUGGUGUAUAUCAUUGAUGGUAAGCCAGUGGAACCAGAAACCAUUACUGUUGAUGGUAAACCAGUUGAAGCGAAGAAGCCAGAGGACAUUGUACCAUUCAUAUCAGAGUUUGUCACACCAGAGGAACAAGCGCCAGUUGAGAGUUUACCAUUUGAUGAAAGUGUACCAUUCGAUCAAGGGACUUCUGUUGAAGAGUUCACAGAUGACCAAGGAAGGGUGGUUAAAAUUAUCAUUGUCAGAACAAUAGUGACCAGAACUGUCAUCAGAAAUGGUGAAAAGACUGUGACCAAAGAACCAAAAGAAGAAGUGGUGUAUAUCAUUGAUGGUAAGCCAGUGGAACCAGAAACCAUUACUGUUGAUGGUAAACCAGUUGAAGCAAAGAAGCCAGAGGACAUUGUACCAUUCAUAUCAGAAUUUGUCGCACCAGAGGAACAAGCACCAGUGGAGAGUUUACCAUUUGAUGAAAAUGUACCAUUCGAUCAAGGAACACCAGUUGAAGAGUUCACAGAUGACCAAGGAAGGGUGGUUAAAAUUAUCAUUGUCAGAACAAUAGUGACCAGAACUGUCAUCAGAAAUGGUGAAAAGACUGUGACCAAAGAACCAAAAGAAGAAGUGGUGUAUAUCAUUGAUGGUAAGCCAGUGGAACCAGAAACCAUUACUGUUGAUGGUAAACAAGUUGAAGCAAAGAAGCCAGAGGAUAUUGUACCAUUCAUAUCAGAAUUUGUCACACCAGAGGAACAAGCACCAGUUGAGAGUUUACCAUUUGAUGAAAAUGUACCAUUCGAUCAAGGAACACCAGUUGAAGAGUUUACAGAUGACCAAGGCAGAGUGGUGAGGGUGGUGAUUGUCAGGACAAUAGUCACCAGAACUGUCAUCAGGAAUGGUGUAAAGACAGUCACCAGAGAGCCCAAACAAGAGGCUGUUUACGUUAUUGAUGGCAGACCAAUUGAACCAGAAAACAUCAUGGUGGAUGGAAAACGGAUUGAGCACAAGGCACCAGAAGAAUACACCAUACCAGUGGAACAUAUUCCAAUUGAAUUCGUGGUUGGUGAAGAACAGGAGCCCAGCAAACCUGCGAUUGAUGAACUGAGAGAAUUAAGUAAAGUGUUGGAUGAGAAUGUCAUUGAUAUACCUGUGACUAUUGAACCUGUGGAAGGCGCUCCAUCUGUCACCACCGUUCAAUUUGAAGAACGCUUCCUUCAAGAGGUACGUAAUCACAUUUUGUUGAUUUUUAUCUACGUCGAAUAGUCUAUCUUCCAAAUUCGUCAUUUGUAAGUUUGCACUGUAGCUGUGUUAAUUCUCAACUGUUCAGGCUAUCCCUUUUUGAUCGGAAUCGAAAACUACGGUGUUUGAUCGAGUCAAACUAAUAGCGCUCUUGUGAAGUGAAUGAUUAUCAGACAAUAGCAUCGGAAGAAAUUUAACACCAGAAAGCUGCCGAUUGAGAUGGAUUCAACUACCUGAAAAAUACAAGCAAAACUGCGACGAAGGACUUCGCUUGGAAUGUCGAAAUUUUAGUUGUAUGUUUUCAAAUGUUUAAAUCCCUCUCAUUACGCAGACCAUUUACCACAGUGUACCCUGUCACAGAGCAAGUACAUACAGAGAUCUCACUUCAGGUUAAUUUCGCGUAAGGGAUUUUUUCAGUCCGCCAUGUUCUUAGCAAGUGCCCUAAAGAGCGGCAGUCACCCCCCUGAAAACAUAUUGAAAAUUUAAUAUUCCAGGGGAGGUGAAUGCCUCUCUUUAGGGCACUUGCUAAGAACGUGGCCGCCAGCUAAUUCUUCGGUAAAAAGCGCUUUACGGUUUUGUAAUGUAAGUUACACUUCUGUAUGUCUUUAUUCUGUGACCCUGUCUUUAUAGGACUACAGAGUUGUAAACUUCACCAAAGCAACAAUUGAAAGAGAUGUCCCGUUAGAGAGCGUCAUGGAUCAAGCGGUUGCUGAGCUUGCAGAGACCACUCAGGAACGACCUGAGAUGAUGUUAAUUGCGCCAUCCGCUGAACAACAUGAUCGUGUCGUCCGUCGUGUGAUCAUCACCUCUAUGGUCGAGACGUAUUCUGUCGUCGUCAUCCGGGAAAUUUACCUCCGCGUCAUUCACGGAAAUUCUCUGCUUGCUCAGAAGAUUUUCGACAGUGGAGAGUUGAGCGUUCUUUAUGAAGAGGUUUUGAAGUGGAUGAUGGAAAUCGGAAAGAAAUUGGAUACUCUCAAACCCGUGUCUGGAGAGAUGGAUAUUUUGAAAGAACAAGACAGCGGAAUGAAGGUACUGUAUUGAGUUUAUUGAGUUUCUCACUCAUUGGUGAGGGGAUUUCCCAACAGGUUUUUGCGCAGUUGAUAGGGAAUCCGAGGUACCUACGAUCUAACGUCCUUAUCCCAGAAGACGCGAAAGUCUAACCAUUUACUGAUGUCAAUGUAAAGGUAGCUCUUUCUCCUCAAUUAUUUUAAGACCUUGAGUAGAGGUCCGAGCAAGGACUGAACCCGGCUCUCCCAGCUUGGAAGGCAAGCGUGGUGAGCACAACACCACAAGGGCUUUUGUAUACUUUAACGGCAGAGUAUCCGAGUUUGGAGGUAGGUGCCGUUGGUGGCCAAGGCUAGUCGGCGAUCUAGCCUUGUCAGGCAAAUGACCGCAAUGGCAAACAUUAGGCAAAACACUGGCAAACAUUUAUGGCAAACUGGCAAAUGGCAAAACUGGCAAACAGCAAUGGCAAACAGCUAUGGCAAAACAGCAAAAAACGUAAUAAUAAGGCUAAUUAUAGUAGCAAUAGGAGUUUGCCAUGACAAUUCUGCUAAGGCAGACCUCCGGCACCUGUCACACUGAUGAUCAGUGGAAAAAAGGACGCAUUCUAUAGUAGUCUAUAGAUUGUAUCCUAUAAAGAAAAACAAAUAAUAAAAAAAAAACCGAUACAACCAAAACAAAACAACAAAAAACAAAACUAAAACAAAAAUAAAGAAAUUAACCCGAGUAUCAACAAACAUUAACCAGGGUGGGGAAAGGGCGAAGGGGAACAGAGCGAAAGAGCAGUUGUAGCUGGCUAGCCAAGCUGUAGCAAAGUGACGGAUGCGCGAUAAUUGCAACUGUUCUAAGUGACGUCAGGGGCUCCCCGCUGCUAGAUACAUCUGCCGUUAACUUCGCUUAAAUCUACGUUUAACCACAUUAAAUACCCAGUAAUCGUUUGGCUUACCUCUUUCUUCAGGGGAAUAUCAAUGACCUGGCCAAUGGUUUAUAAUGUAUUUUUAUUAUUUUUUGGCGUAGGAUCUCGAAGCUGAUAUCAAACUAUACGAACCCAUCUUUAACAAAAUAUUCGACAUUGGUGAAAAGGCGGUGAAAGAAAUAAGCGGAGAUGAGGCCAAAGAGAUCGAGGACGAGUUGACGGACAUCAAGACAGUUUGGUAUCAACUCAAUACGUUGCUACAAGAUCGCAGGAAUAAGAUCACAAACGUGGAACCUCUGGCCAUGAAAUACCAGCAAGCUUUGCAGUCACUCGCUCAAGUGAUGACGAACGCAGACAAGGCUGUAGAUGAUCUGGAAGUUCUUGGAGCAGAACCUGAGAAAGUUCGAGAGCAGCUUGAGACACUACGGGUAGGUUUGGUGAGAGAUGGCAAAGUGGAUACAAGGCAAUGGCCCUUGUUUAUCCUUUAGAACUGAUAGAGCUAUCCAGUAUAAAUAAAGUUAGUUUAGUUUAGGUUCCCUCCUGUAGUAAUACUGUAUCAAUAAGGAUGACCCUUACUGGACCUCUAGAGAGACAGAACAUAAAAUGAUAGAGCUUCCAGAAUAUAUAUAAAGGAAAUUCAUUUAAUUUCCGCAUUAGUAAAGAAUUACUUCUGUUAUUUUCAAGGAAUUGAAAAAAGAAGUCCAAGAUAACGAAACAUCAUUUGAAGACAGUGGGUGGAAUUUGAUUGAAGAACACAACUACUCCCCGCAUCAUCCCCAGUCCACCGCAGACAUGGCAUCGAUCACAGAACAACUGACGACCGUGAAAAUUAAGGUCAGCGACCUUCUACGUAAGAUAGACUCCAUUGAAGAAAACAAGAGAGCACACCUGAUCGAGGCUAAGAAAUACACGAGGAACAACGAGGAACUCCAGGGUAAUUUGCGUGAUCCAAGUACAGUGAAGGAUGUUAGUGUUCCUAUAGAGGAGGAUAUCCACGUGAUAAAAGAUGAACUAUCUGAGUUACAAGCUGUGCAAGAUGUCACCAAUGAUGUUGUUCGGCCAUCUUUACAUGCUGUUGAGAGCUCUGGUCAUUGGAUUGUUGGCAACGCAAGAAAAGAUGGACCAAGGUAAGCUUUAUAUUUGAUAAUGUAAAAGAUUUGUGUAUGAUCAAGGCUACGUAUACACUUGUACUGGAUAGGUUUCCGUAGCGACAUGAAAAAACACAUAUCCGUACCUUUUAAGAACGCUAUUUUCAGAGGAAUUAUUGCAACAGAGAGAUGUUGUUUCGCUCAGCUUCUGAGAGUUGUACAUUCCGUAUCGGAUAUGUGUUUUUUUCGCGCCGCUACGGAAAGCUGUCUAGUAUAGUGGAAACGCAGCCGAAGUCAGCUUAAAAUAAUUUCUGAGUUUGCAGACCAUACGUCGAUAGAGUACGAAUGUAUAUCAAUUGUGGUACUGCUUGUAGGACAGUUUAUUCAAGACUUGAACCAUGUUGUUUUUCUAGUGCCGAAGACAUUGCUUCGGUCAUUGAGCCAAAUGUCGCCACAAAGAAAGACAGUUUGAAGGAACUCGAUAGCAAAGUCAGCGACAGAAAAGACAAACUCCACGAAGCAUUAACGAGCUGUCAAACUUCAGAACAAACUCUGGAUGAUCUGCUUCACUGGUUACGUGCGAAUGACAAAGCAAUGAAAGCUUUGAAACCAAUGUCAGAGAAUAUGGAUGUCUUGCUACAAUUACGUGAUUUCUACGAGGUAUGUACAAUAUAAAAGAGUCUGAAAGAUAAGUGAUGUAUAGUAAUCAUCACAAGGCAGGUGUAAAAUUCAGGCUUUAAAUUCAGGUGUAAAAUUCAGAUGUUAAAUUUAGGCUUUAAAUUCAGGUGUAAAAUUCAGGUGUAAAAUUCAGGCUUUAAAUUCAGGUGUAAAAUGUUACCAUAUUUGGUUUAUUAUUGCGUAGUCCUCACAACGUACAGAUAUGUGGAAUCUAUGGAAUUAUGUUCCAGCGUUAUCAGUUAACAGAAUAUUAUAGAGAAUACUUCAACAAUAUGAACAGCCCCUUGUUCAGCAAAUUGUGCAUGCUGCCUUGGGAAGAGGCAGCACUUUCCUGGCGGUGAUAACUUCUAGUAUGGUUGAUAAUGUUUUGUUCUCUUUAAGAACCUGCGUUACGAAUUAGCCAAUCACGAGCCACUGUACGAUGACGCAAUCAAGUGGAGCCGUGACGUCAUCAACAAGGAGAAACCGGGACCAUACCGCAGUGGCCUGGAGAAGAAAUACACUGAAGUUGCGACACUUUGGCGGGAACUGAAGAUGAAAGUUCGUUCAAAUCUUCGAGAACUCAGUGUGAUCAUACCGCUGGCCAAGAAAUACCACAACGCCGUGAAACCUGUUCGUGACGUCACCGAUCAGGUAAUGAGUAACAGUUGAAGACUGACCCAGUUUAAGAGACACCUAUUAAUUCUGGUCGGUAAAUAUUGCAAAACAAAAUGGCUAUGCUAGCACGCACAAGCCCGGUAACUUGUAGGUAACCUCGGAACCCAACAUCUGACAGCCAUGGUGAAAUACACAAAGACAAGAUACUGAACAACCGACAUCCAAUUAACCUUUUUUCUAAAUUUAUGUCCAGGUCCAGAAAUCGUUCGUUGAUCAUCGUCCGCUGGGCUCAAACGUGGAGAAAGGUCGCCUGGAAAUCCAUCAAAUGGAGAAUUUGAUAAAAUUACUUGAGAACAAACGCGAGGACGUUGCAGCGAUGAACAGCACGAGCCAAGAAUUGAUCUACACGUUAAUCAAUUAUUCCGACGCCACACAACAGAUCAUCGAGACCUCGACUUUCCUCAUGAAACGUUACGAGACUCUGUUGCGUGCAACCCGCGAGAUGUUGAUUGCGACACGCGAAGAAGUGGAGUAUAUUGUGAAGUUCUAUGAUACCCUACAAGCUUUGGAAAGACAUCUCAUCAAGAUUGCAAAGAUUGUCAGAAAUACACGCAAACGGUCCAGUGAUCCGAGGAUUAUUAAACACUACAAUGAACAACUAAAGGUCAGUGACUUACCAAGUUUUAAUAUAAAGUUUAUGUGGCAGAUGAAGUUCACAUAUAAUCGCAAUUUCAAGUGUUAAGUAGCCUGCGUGGCAGGCCCUCAAUUUUAUGGGGGGCCUGAUUUGCAGCGGACAGGAUUGCCCCCCAUAAAAUUGAGGGCCUGCCACGCAGGCGAAGUGUUAAGUGACUCUUGAAACGGUUUAAUUCGAUGUUGUGACAAGCAAAUCCGGUAUCGUGUAUUUAGCCCAGAUAAGAUUGAUGUUUACGACAGAUCACGGCAAAAUUCUGGUCGUAUUUUGAGCCCAACUGGUAGCUGUUCGAAGUUAGGACAAUUUGUGCAUUAAAGGCUCAGUUCAGCCUUUUGAAUGAUGGUUUUUAAGGAGCAUUACAACCCUUUUAAUAGAAAAAACAAACUAGGAAAUCAAUUAAGCAUAAUUCAAAAUCAGUGAACUGAAUCUUUCUUUUUAACAUUAAAAAUGUUAAAAAAUGUUAAAAGCAUUGAGAUCACUGAUCUUGAAUUAUGCUUAAUUGAUUUUCCUAGUUAGUUUUUUCAAUCAAAAGAGUUGUAAUGCGCCUUAAAACCCAUCAUUCAAAAGGUUGAACUGUGCCUUUAAAAUUAAAGCAUGAACAAGCUAAAAACUUCUCGAAACUUUCGAACUUACUUCAAUUGCGAUUUGAAGUUUGCGGUCAGCGAUAUGUCGUAAACGUCCAUCUUGACCUCUCUGGCUAGACCCAACCGGGGCGAAUACGAUUUUUUAUGAAUGUAAACAGGGUCAUAGAAAAUAAUUUUAUGGUAUCCCAAGAUUUCCAUCAGACCUUACGUUAGUGACCACAUAAGUGAACCACUUUGCUACCUCUUCUGACUAGCAGUGAGAGUUCUGUUUCAAUAAUCUGGCGCAAUUUAAGUGCUCAAUGUGAUUAUUCUUUCACUUCAGGCUGCAAGAAACGCUCUCUCUGAGAUCGAUCCACAGAUGAAAUCUCUUCAAUCCACUGGAUUGUGGCUCCUCAAUGUGAACCGAGACAAUGAACGCUACGUCCUUGAUCUAAAGACCAAACUCAAUGACAUCAGUGAAAUGUAUAACGAUCUCGUUCGCCAGAGCAGCGGACAAGCUACGAAUAAAUUAAGUGUGAUCCAGGAGGCUGAUGACUACGAGGAUCUUUUGGAGGAUUUGUGUCUCUGGCUGGAUGAGAAGGAGAAAUUUGUCUCUAGACAGAAACCCCUCACUGCUAAAGGCGAAGAACUGAAAGCUCUCGUUGCCGAACAAAAGGUAAGAUGAAUACAUUUUUUAUUUAAACUAGAGAAGCGAAAACAUGUGUGAUAUGUUAUUUAUAUUUAAAGUGUAAUAAAAUUGGAAUUGAAAAGUUGCACGAUAUUUUCCAGAUCUUCCUUAAGGACAUUGCGAACAACAGACCUCUGUACGAUGACGUGGUUGAGAUGGUAUUGGAUGUCGUCUGCACGACAGAGGCAAGCCCUAAACGUGAUGCGCUUGAGGAUAACGUUAACGAUGCUGUACGCCGCUGGGAUAUCUUGGCUAAGAACGCAAAGAACCGUAUGAGACAACUGAACAGAGUUGAGCCACUGAGCGCCGAGUACGAAAACACGAAACAUGAAUUUUUUCGCUGGUUAACUGAUACUGAAUCUGCCAUUAAGGAGGUCCCAACAGACGCGGUGGAUCAGAUCAGUUUACCUAAAUAUUUGGAACAAAUUAAGGUAUGCUUUUACUAAAGUAGUUACUUUUACACACAACGAUUAAUCGGGCCAAUUUCAGGUUUUGACAAAUCUUAAUGACAAAUGUUGUCAGUUGACCAUGUAGUCAGAUGACGUUGACAGCGUAUUUUUCAAAUAUCAUUUAAUUAAAGCUGAAUCGCCCCGAUUAAUUGUUGUGUUCCUCAUUUGUAAACUAUUCUCAAUAGAGGUCCAGGAAAUAGCCUGAAGUUGAACUAACUCUAAUGCAGUUUUGUCAGUUCUAAACUAUGCUUUUACUAAUCUAACUUUAUUUGUGCUGGCUAGGUUCAUCAGUUGUAAACGUUAUAUCAGUUCUCAAUAGAGGUUCAGUCUUAGUACACGAAAAAGCCUAAACUAACUUUAUUGCAACUAACUUUAUUGCAGCUCUUUCAGUUCUAAACUGUUCUUCCUGGAAGUUCAGUAAAAAUCCAUCCUUGGACGAUACCGGAUUCGUUUGUUACGACAUUGAAUUUAAGGAUUUCAGGAAUAUCUUAACACUUAAAAUUGCGAUAAUAUGGCAAAACGAAAACUGUUAAAGGGGGAAAUGUUGUGGGCAGACAUUACUCUUGAACGGCAUAUGUUGAUGUUUUGACAAGCGAAUCCGGUAUCGUGUCACUGGAGCCUUUACUAUUGGUCCAGUGUCCUACUACAGGAGGAAACCGGAAUACCUUGUGAACACAUGCAGCGUUUGGUCGAGUGAAACUGGAAAUACUCUUCUCAUCUUGACAAAUAUAUAAAAAGGCAGUUGCAUACUGCAGAAAUCUAACAGAGUGUCAAACAUUGGCUUUGAAUACCAGAAUAAAUGGCAGCAUGUCAAAAUUGCUUUGCAGUUCAUAUAAGGUUUUUAAUGUGCCUUUAACGUGUCUAAAACAUUUCCUUCUAUCUUCAGGACCUCCACGAAGACGUACGAAAACAUAAACCUGUACACAAACUGUACAACAAGGUGGCCGAGUCACUCAUGGAAGCUUGCAAAGAGUUGAAGUUGACAACAGAAAUUCCUGAGAUCAGAAAAGACGUUCAGAUCACGAACACAAGAUGGGAGAACUUGAAUGACGAGUUGAAAGAGAAAUCUAAGAAAUUGUCAAGCUAUAAACAAGGUAUUUUAUUAUUUUGCGUCAAUAUCGUAUUGGUUGGCUUCGACUUGCAGCAGAUUUAUAGCAAUGCUGUUCGAACAACAUGUCGAUAGGAUGUGUUCGCACUGCUUGUUCCCAGCUUGUUGACAAGUUGUCAACGGUUUGUUGGCAAUUUUAUGCUACAAGGUUGUUGAGCUCAACAGACUUGUUACAAGUUGUUCCAACAACUUGUUAUCGUCCUGCAAUUCAACAAUUUGUCAACAAGUUGUGAGUGACAACCUUGUAGCAACUUGAUAAAAUAACAGCAUUGCUACAACUUGUUGAAAGGCUGCUGCAAGCCUGUUGCGAACACAUCUUGUUGACAAGUUGUGAGAUUUUUAGGUGUGUAAGCUCCGUUAAGGGUUCUUGAUCUUGUUAUCAGGUUUGCGCGACUAUCAAGAUGCACUGGUGCCAUUCCAAGAGACAGUGACGAAAGCGGACGAGGUGUUUGUCAGUCAGAUGGCUGUGGGAAUGGACAAGCAAGAAGCACAGAAACAACUCGAUACAGUCAGGGUAAGAAAUAUUAUCAUGUGACCCAAAUAGAGCAGUAUGAUUGGCCAAAUGUUUCAUGAAAAGACUUUUACUGUUUAUUGCAUUUCCCCCCAAUUGUCUCGUUUCCACGUUUGCCUGUCUUAGCAUGGCGGCUCACAUGAAGAUUAUAUCCCAUGUUUCGUGCGUGAAUAUGUUUCUCUUUGAUCUUGAGUCCAAUCACAAACCUAUCCUUAAAGGAUUAGUGUCAGGGUCAUGCAUUGCAGUCUUUUGUUAUUGUUUACAUUUUACUCAAAUACAACAAAUAGCGAUAAAAAUACCUUGUUUGGUUCAUUUCUGAUAAAAAUCAGACAAAAACAGCAAGGAUUAUAAAAGGAUGGUUUAAAUAUAUAGCGGAUUGUAAAAACUUUCCAGAUCAUUUAAUCUAUUCGUCCCGAAAAAUGGCCGCCAGCAGGAGUUUGAGCCCGCGAAUUCCUGGUGUGACACUAAUCCUUUAACCCUACUGUGCGCGAAACAUGAGGAAUAACCACAUGAAAAUGAGGCCAUUGAGGCAAGAGUGCAAUAGACAGUGCAGUUUAUUAUUGAAUACAAUAUUUUCUUUGUUCUUUCCAGGAAUUGAUCAGCACAGUGGACAGUGCCGAAGAGAAACUAGUCAGGUCGGCAAGACACGCACCAAUCCGUGAAAAGACUCUGGACACCUUGUCCGUUCAACGUAAAACGAGAAACAAACUUGUGAAACAAGAAUCAUUACUACAACGACAUAUCAAAACUGUGGAAACUUUUGAAGAGUUGAUCAAGCAAAUUAGACAAUGGUUGGGAGAGAUUAAAGAGAAGAGUGCUGUGAUUAAAGAAAACCCAGUACCUGAGGAACCUGAAAAGAUUAACGAAAUUUUGCAAGAGAUAGAGGUAAGAUGUCGUGGAAGAAUUUAUUGCCACUAUUUGCCUUUUCAUUUGACAAACCAUCCUGUGAUUUCUUGUUAUAUCUCCAUAUAUGAUCUCUCGUCACUUUCUCUGCUAUCUUGUAUAGUAAAAACAUUUUCUUGUGUUUUAAUUUAGGAUCUGGUUAACGAAAUGGGCAAACUGCACGACACGUUCAAGACAGCGGAACAAGCUGGACAAUGGAUUAUUGAACACAGUCCCGACAACCCUACGACCGUUUCCGAAGUUAGCGACGACUUGGAGUCAGCUAAUAAGGACAUUGAUGAAGUUGACCGUGAAUUAGCCGAUCUUAAACAACAAUAUCAACUAAGCGUUUUGGACAGCAAACCUUUCAAUGUCGUCCUGGAUGAUUUUGCUAACUGGUUAGCUGAUGUUGAUAGAAAAUUAACCAAGGAAAAGAAACUGUCUGCCGCUUAUCCUGUUGUCUCGAAACAGAAUGAUAAAUUACAGGUAAUGUUUUAUAGGAAAGCUUCGGAUUGAUAGGGAUACAACUAUCUGAAAAGUUCAAGGAGAACUUCGACGUUUCGAAACUUUUCGAACAAAGCCUCAUCGUCGGGACGUUAGUCGGUUGACCACCACAUGCUAAACGAUAGUGCUUUAGUGAAAGCCGUGUAUAAACCAGUAUGAAUUACAAACACGAUUAUCUUUUGUUUAGGGGAUCAAAAAUAAACUACAGCAGUUGAAACCAAUUCAUGAGUAUAUCGAGAACAAGGCUGAGGAACAGACGUCUGAAAGUGAAGCCACUCCCGAUGCAAAUAUCCCAAAGAAAUUAUCUCAACUCAAACGUUAUUGGACAGCUGUGGCUGAGAAACUAGGCAAGAGAGAGAAUGCUAUCUCUGCUCUCUUGCCUGCAGCACAAAAACAAAGCUCGACUAAAGAAAAGUUUGUUGCACAUAAAAUCACAGUGGAACAGAAGCUACACGCCAUACAGCCUGUACCUGCUGAUGAGAACGAAGCACGAAAGCAGCAUGAUACUCUACAGGUGAGUGCUCGAAUGAAUUACUUCGAGGUUCGUUUUAUGCCUCCAGUGUGACUCUACCAACAAACUACUCCGGUUUCCCCUUGUAGUAACACUGGACCAUGAGGGACUGGUCAUGAUCCAGUGUUACCACGAGAAACCAUUAAUUUGAAUGUUAUUGUCAUGUUAUGUUAGGAUCAUGUUAUUACUUAGGUUUCUAGCUGAAUCAAUAAGGUAUAGCCAUUAAUGAACUUCUGGGGAGAACAGUGUAGAAUUGAUUGAGCUAUCCAGGUAAAGGUUAGUUCUUAUACAUGAAGGGGAAGUCUGAUUCUGAACGAUUUAUCAAAUAAGUGUUUGUCUAUCUUUAGGGAUUGUGCACCGAGGUUGAUACUGGAACUGAUUUAUUUGAAGACUAUGCUCAGGCCUACCAAAAUCUCGUUCGAAUUUGCGAGGAAAACAACGUGACACGUGACCUACCUAAGAUCAAGGCCGAGUUCGCUCAGUGCAAUGACUCGUGGCGGGACACACGCGUGAAGGUCCCGAAUGACACGUAUAACGUGGAAAGCGUGCGGGGAGAGUUGAAAAGAUACGAAGAGAAAUACGGAGAGAUUAAAAAUGUAGUUUGUUCUGCUGAGAAAGUACUGAGUACUGAAACAACAGCUGUAGUGGAUGAGAGAGUCGCUCUCAAUGAAUGGCAGAAAGUUAAGGUAGGGUCUUGGCAGUUGUACCACAGAAUGAAACCUUACAGAAGCUCGACUUCUUGUUUUUGCCUCGGAUUUUGGCGUUGCAAUGCUGCCGCCAUGUUCCUAGCCAGUGCGCUUACGAGAGGCAUUCACCCCCUGAAAAUAUUAAAAAUGGUGGACGUUCAGGGGGGUGAAUGCCUCUUGUAUGGCCAGGAACAUGGCGAGUGUAUUUUGAUGACGAAUCAUGGCGUGGCGGCGGUUACAAUUUUUUGCCUGAGUCGGCCUUCUGUAAGGUCUGUAUUCUGUGGUUGUACUUUGCUUAACUAUACAGUAGGUGAGUAUUUGGUCAAUUUUUCAGUGCUGGGUUUUUCCUUGACAGAAAAUGGCAACCGAACUUGAAAACCAAGAGCCUGCAUUACGAGAACUCUUCAACAUCGAGCGACAACUGAUUGAAAUCACUGACGAAGAACUAGUCGAUGUCCAACCACUUCAGGAAAGAACUUCUGCUCUUGUGCGACAAUAUUUCCAACUCUAUUCAAGGCUACAAGACCAGCAGUCGCUGCUCGCAGAGGUAUACGAUCAUACCAAGGACUUUGUGACGUCAGUGCAAGAUCUUCAAGAAUGGUUGCCCGUGGCAACGGCCCAGCUUGAUGACGUGGAUGUUGCUAGUGCUGAACCAAUCGUGGAAACGAAAUUAGAAACAGUCCAGGUGAGACUUAUGAUGAAGUAAUGUCAGCAACAUAAUUGCAGCAAAUUCUGAUCUCAAUGCAUGUUAAUUUACAAAAUAUUCUCUGAGGUGAUGUAACUUGACAUGAGUAUUUUAAAUUAACAUGCGUUGAAACCGAAUUUUCUACACACACAGUAGUUUGUGGUGGAGACUUAUAGCAGCAAUUAUCUAUUUAUUAUCAGUAAUGCAAGACUACUACUUAAAAUGAAAAGAACGUUAAAGAAUAUUAAUACUGCUCGUUGACUACUAUCCGCUGUAGUUCUCAGUGAAACCUGUCCAUAAACUACACGCACAUUAGUGAGCAGUUGACUUAUUAUUUUAAUGUUUGUAUCUUGAAGACCAUCAAAGAACAAUUGGUAGACAAGAACAAGAAACUGAAUGAAGGGACUGAAGAUGCUUUAUGGUUGAAAGAGAACUAUGGCCAAAAUGAAGACAGGAAUGCAGCGGUUGACAGACAACUUGAGAAUGUUGAACAAGAAAUGGACAAUCUCAAAGAGAAAUUGUCAGAAAAGAACGCUCAGUUAGAGCUUGUUUUGUACAAGAAACAGAGUUAUGAGUUGUCAAUGGACAAGUUCAUGGCGUGGUGUGUUUCAGUUGAUAAAACGAUGAGAAAUCAAGAACCUGUGUCGUUGAGAUAUGCGGAGAUAAUCACCCAACAACGAGUGAUACAGGUAAGCAAGUCCUCAAACGAACCAGUAUUUUAAAUAUUAUCAAUAUUAUUAUUAUUAGUUACCAUUGUUCCAGUUUACAGAAGCACAGAAUAGGUGACUAAGCAUUACAGUUAUGUGUAAAGCCCUGGGCAAACUAGGAAACAUUGUUGCGGAAACAUUGUUUCCUGCCAAUGUUUCGCCAUGUUUUCCAGAGUGGGCAAACACUAGGAAACAUUAGUGAGAAACAUAGGGAAACAUCAAAUGUUUCUGAAUUUUCUAGGAAACAUUUUUGCUUCUCGGGAAGCAAAUUUUGUUUCCGCAACAAUGUUUCCACGGGUGGGCAAACAGGAAAACAUUUCAGGAAACAUCGAGAAUCACAAAUGUUUCCACAACAAUAAUUCCUAGUUUGCCCCGGGCUUAAGAGUUCUUCACUCAUGUAGAUAAUUCUAAAACUUAGUUACGUUUGUUCUGUUCUAUGCUCUGUAAUCUAAAGUUAUGAAUUUGAAAAAUGCUGAACAUCUCUACGACACGUGAAAAACGCGAGCUUUGAUUACAUUAACGGCGAAGAACUGGUGUCAAGAGAGAUAUCACGAACAGAAAAAUACUAACAUCACCAAUACUGAAAGAGCAUACAUAGAAAGACUGCAGACCGCGCAGAGAAGUUGAAAGAAGUGUUGCCUCUUGUACGCGACUAUCACGAUAGUGUGACGUCAUUUGUACCAUGGCUGACAACCGCUGAGCGGGAUAUGCAGGCGUUUGGUACCAUGAGCUGUGAUCAUGCACAGUUGACGAAGCAAAGAGCCGAGCUGAAAGUGAGUGAAAAUAUCUAGUGCAAUAUGAAUAAGGAACCAAACUAAACUAACUUUAUUUUUACUGAAAAGCUCUAUCAGUUCUAAAUUGUUCCCCUUGGAGGUCCAGUAUUGAUCACCCUUACUGGUCGGAAGUUACUACAGGAGGAAAGUGGAGUACCCGGACCAAACCUGUGGUAUUUGGUAGAGUCAAACUGGAAGCAUUCUUUUCACAAGUGAAUGAGGUGAAAUUCUAAUCAGAAAACUGCAUACUGCAUGUCUCCUCGCCACAGAGGUGUGAAUGACACGUGCACUACAUGUGCACCACACCUGUACUAAUCACUGUGUCACCACCAUGUGGCCAGAACAGUAUUUCCCACAACUGUAUUAAAUUUUCUAAUUUCUUUCACAACAGCGACUCGAGGAUGAGGUAAACGCUCACCGUCCUGUUCUACAACAUCUUUGUGAUAAACGUGAUGCCGUUGUAAACCUCUCAAACAAGAAUUACAUCAAGUCUGACCAGGCUGGCGAAGUUGCAAACGACGUGAACGACAUUGUGGACCGUUAUGACAAGUUGAGAGCAACACUUGAAGAACGUAAACAACAACUAAGUGAAGUCGAGAAGAAAGUUGAACAGUACAACGUUGUUCUUCAUCCUGUCAAGGAAACCAUGUCUGCUGUCAGUGUCGUCUUGGAAAGCGAAGUUCCAAGUGUCACUGAACCCGAGUUGGCCAAAGAAGAAAUUGUCAAGAUUGAG